UUCCAGCCCAAUCUGGCAACACUGUGGUCCGUGACUCGUACACAGACAAGAUGGCGGCUUCACUGGAGGAUGAAUUCGAAGACGCUCCCGACAUAGAAGCACUGGACCCGACAUUGAAGAACAUCAUUGAGCAGAAGUCCUUAAAAUGGAUCUUCGUCGGCGGGAAGGGCGGCGUGGGGAAGACGACGUGCAGCUGCAGUCUGGCCGUCCAGCUGGCCGCCGUGAGGGAGAGCGUUCUCAUCAUCUCUACAGACCCAGCGCACAACAUCUCGGACGCCUUCGACCAGAAGUUCUCUAAAGUGCCCACGAAGGUUAAGGGUUAUGAGAACCUCUUCGCCAUGGUGAGAAUCGACCCCAGUCUGGGCGUGGCGGAGCUGCCCGAUGAGUUCUUUGAGGAGGACAACAUGCUCAGCAUGGGCAAGAAGAUGAUGCAGGAGGCCAUGAGCGCCUUCCCCGGCAUCGACGAGGCCAUGAGCUACGCCGAGGUCAUGAGGUUAGUGAAGGGGAUGAACUUCUCGGUGGUGGUGUUCGACACCGCCCCUACCGGACACACCCUGCGCCUGCUCAACUUCCCCACCAUCGUGGAGCGAGGUCUGGGCCGCCUCAUGCAGAUCAAGAACCAGAUCAGCCCCUUCAUCUCCCAGAUGUGUAACAUGCUGGGUCUGGGGGACAUGAAUGCCGACCAGCUGGCCUCCAAGCUGGAGGAGACGCUGCCCGUCAUCCGCUCUGUCAGCGAGCAGUUCAAGGAUCCGGAGCAGACCACCUUCAUCUGCGUGUGCAUCGCGGAGUUCCUGUCUCUGUACGAGACCGAGAGGCUGAUCCAGGAGCUCGCCAAGUGCCAGAUCGACACGCACAACAUCAUCGUCAACCAGCUGGUGUUCCCCGACGGAGACCGACCCUGCAAGAUGUGUGAGGCGCGCCACAAGAUCCAGUCCAAGUACCUGGACCAGAUGGAGGACCUGUACGAGGACUUCCACAUAGUGAAGCUGCCCCUCCUGCCCCACGAGGUGCGCGGCUCAGAGAAGGUCAACACCUUCUCCAAGCAGCUCCUGGAGCCGUACAAACCCCCCAACAAGUGAUCCCCGGACCGGACAGGACAGCACACGACCCCCCCCCCCCCCCCCCCCCCCCCCCCCCCCCCCCCCCCCACCCCCCCCCCCACCCCCCCCCCCCGACCCCACCGACCCUCCCUCCCUCUCCCCUCGCCCAUCGCCCCGGCAACAGCCUCAGCCUCAGCACCACCACCACCCUCCUCCUCGUCAUUAUCCUGGGAGCCAGACGUAUUUACCGACAGAACAAUUUAAAUGUACACACACUUAACCGGCAACGUCUGGAGGAUUUGCAUCCAUUUCUUCACACAUACACACGUUUCGUACACUUGAUCAGAAUACGCUUCAUCACAGGUCGCUCUCUACUCUCUCCUCGUUCCCCGCUCCCUUGUGUCAUGUGACCCCCCCCUGUUUGAUGUAGUGGUGGACCUUUUGGGAGACGUGAUGGUUCCACGGUGAAACUGGUCCUACUGUUGAUGCUUGUUCUGUGCGUGGCUCCCCCAGCGGUGGGUCUGACCUGAACGUCCCUCCCCCAGAGUAAAGCGUGGCCCGUGUGGGCUCACAUGGCGCUGUGUUUCCUUUCUGCUCCUUCAUUCAUGAACCGUUAAGGAAUGCUUUCGUUUUUUUAUUUGACCUUUUUAAGAGGCAGAAUGUUUUGAAUCCAGCGACAGGUAGAGAGUUGACAGCGCUGUGGAUAUUAUCACAGAGAAGUGUCCUUUUGCUGUCUAGAAUGUUCAAUCUCGGCAUUUACGUACUCGAUGGUGGCAGAAGCAUUUAUUACGAAAUAUAUUGGGCAGGUUUGGGAGAUUUAAAGGAUAUGAAAGGCAGUUACUAUGAGAUAACGUGAUUAUUAUCCUAGGGUGGUUGGAUUGGUAAAAGGUUGAGUAUCUGAAGGAGAUUAAAGAGUUAAACUCUCAAACCCACUGAAAAAUAGAGCUGCAUUGGUGAAGAUUAUUAAAUGUAUUCUGACUCUCUUUGUAGAUUCAUCAGCAAAAAGGUAAAGACAAUAAAAUGUAAGACUAUACUCGUAAAGCUACAGAAAGGCUUGCAUUUGUUCAUUUAAUGCAUCAACAAUGUCAACUUUAAAACAUAGUAUUUAAAAGCUUACUAUAGGAAGGAACUAAAAAGAUGUAUCUGGCCUAGAAGUUCACUCUGACUUACCCAUCCUAGCUUUUUUUCUUAACAUUAAAUACACUUAAUUAACAUUAAAUGCAUUGCGAUUAACAAAACGAAUAAUUUUCCUAUCUUCAAUCAAAAUCAAUAAGACAAAUGGCUUCUGCAAUGGAUGGGAAGCCUCAACGUUUGCUUCCACUUUGCGAUUUGAUUGCUUUUUGGUUGUUGUACAUCUAUUUUAGAUAGAUUUUCCUGUAACUUAUUUUGUGACCAAAUAAAAUACACCUACUUAAUUG